CUUCCACUGCACAAGUCUCCGGUACAACCAUGCAGAUUCUCCGUUUUGUCGUCGUUGCAGUCGCUGCGCUUGCCAUGCAGGGCACACAGGCCGCUCCCAUGGGCUCCGGCAACACAGUGCAGCAAUCCCCUGUCGAGCAGACUCAGCAGCAAUCGUCCACCAAACAGGGCAAGACAUCGUCCUCCACCAAGAUCUCCACUGGCAAGGCACCGGGUCUCGCGGCGGGCACCACCGGCGGUGGCAACGCUACCCCCGUGUAUCCCAACUCACUUGCUGAUCUCAAGAACUACCUGCAGGACUCGCAACCGCGUGUCAUUGUACUCACAAAGACCUUCGACUUCCGCGGCACGGAAGGAACGAAAACUGAGACUGGCUGUCGCCCUAAGAGCAACCGUGACUGCCUUGCUAAGAACAACGGCUACAAGGGCCAAGACGUCAUCCUACAGAGUGGCGGCAUGGAAAACACCGGUGGUUGUGUGCAGGGUACCGCCGUCAAGGUCACCUACGACCUCGCCGCUACCAAGAACCCCCUCUUGGUGACGGACAACAAGACUCUUCGUGGCGUUGGAACCAGCGGUGUGAUCAAGGGCAAGGGCCUCUGGAUCCGUGGCAACAAUGUUAUUAUUCAAAAUAUCCACAUCACUCAGCUGAACCCGCACCUUAUCUGGGGUGGCGAUGCCAUCUACAUCCAGGGUCUCAAUGGUGGCAAGACGCCUAUGGAGCGUGUAUGGCUCGACCACGUCAAGAUCUCAAACCUUGGCCGUCAGAUGAUUGCCACCGGUUCGGCCAGUGUCAAGAGCAUGACCAUCAGCAACUCCGAGUUCGACGGUCAGACUCAGUACUCAGCUACUUGUGAUGGCAACCACUACUGGACCUUCCUCUUCCUCGGCACGCAGACGCAGGUUACCCUCGCUAAUAACUAUGUGCACAACACUUCGGGUCGCUCCCCCAAGGUCGGUGGCAACUCCGUCAUCCACGCUGCCAAUAACUACUGGUACAGCAACUCGGGUUUCUCGUACGACGUCGUCGAGAACGGUAACGUGCUGCUGGAGGGCAACUACUUCGAGUCCACGGCCAUCCCCAACAAGAAUGACACUGAGACAGUUGGUGCGAUCAUCGUGCCGUCGACGUCCACGCAGACGAAAUGCAAGUCGACACUGGGCCGCAACUGCGUCGAGAACACCCUGGUGAAGUGCGGCAAGUUGUCGGGCAACCGCGAGUCGGCAGCCCUGACCAAUUCGAAGAAGGUGGCUCCCUACUACCAGCCGAUCGCUGCGAAGCGGUUCACUACGACCAGCCAGAACUUUGGUGUGGGUCCGAUCUAAAUUGAUAGAGGCAACAACAUUUAGAGCUACUGACGAGAAGGUAGCGAAAUGUUCAUACGAAGCGAACACCCAGUGGUGUUGGCUUAUAGUGCGUGCAAGUUGUAGAUAGGAGGGUGUGCUGGUAUCUAAGGCAACCCAAGUUCAUGUUGCGUUAAAAUAUAGACGUGGGUCGAAGCAGACCUGAAUUUACUUCACAAAC